UGUUCUUUCAAGUUCCCUUGUUGAGUCACGAUUUUGUUCACGACUGUCGUAUAUAUUUGUAAUGUAAAUGUACCAAGGGAAAAACAUUUAACUAUAAGAAUAAAGAUUAAUCGGGCUAUUAUAAUGUCGAAUAUAUCAAAAAGACGACGGGAAGGGUCAAGGUCCAAGACCAAGGGCAUGGGUGAUCAUAAAGAGUUUUUGAAGCGCAUUACAAAGACCCUAUACUACGGGCAGCUGCCUUCACUUCCGUGCCUCAGCCUGCCAGUCACUGAGAUCUCAUGUGAGACCUGGUCUUCUUCACAACGCGGUCGUUCACUGCGCCGACUGCACGCGGAUUGGUCGGCGAGUAUGGCCCGGGCAGCCUGUGUGUCCCCAUGUGCGCUAGUGCUGGCGCUCCUUUACCUCGAGAGACUCAACAAGCACAACCCUAAUUACGUAGCGGCGGCUGCACCCUCUGAACUCUUCCUUGUGUCUUUGAUGGUAGGUAAUAAAUUCCUACAAGACGAUGGUGAAGACGAUGAGGUGAUUUGCUCCGAGUGGGCUGCCUCUGGGGGUAUGGAACUGAAGCAGCUCAAGAAACUGGAAAUUGAAUUCCUAAACGCCAUAGAUUGGAAUAUUUUUGUGAGCGAUGAAUCGUUCGAGGCAGGACUGGCGUGGCUGGAGCGGCAGGUUGCGCUGAAGCAGGCGCAGCUCCGCGGCUUCUUCACGUACGGGGACCUGGCGGCCUCCUGCGCCGACGUCGGCCUCUCGCGCCUGCUGCACGGCGCCACGCGCGCCUGCCUCGCGGCCUGCCUCGCCUACACCUCGGGGCUGGCGGCGCUGCUGGCCUCCGCGCUGGUGGUGUCGCACGCCUGGCUCCCCGCCCUCCAGCUCCUAGCCGCUCGAGCAGCCGCGCCACUGAACGACGACCUACGGACCAGCGACUGCCGACCCGACUUGUAUACGAACAACGCCACACUGGAGCACCCCGUCGAGUUACUCGCGGAACACUUGACGGAAGCGAGCCUCGUGACCUGCUGCUCUAAAUGGACGCAGUACAGAGAGACGGAGUCUCUAAAGAGAAACUGGCAUGACCCUGUAACCUUGCAAGGAUGGAAGUUUGAACUGUUCUGCUCAACGAUUUCAGUUUUUAACUGGCCAUACCAAAGUUCAUUAGUCAACCCCGUGCAGAGAUGGUUGGAAAAGAUGAACGAAUAUGCAGAUUUCAUCAAACAUCGAUUCCUCUACCCCGAGUCGGAACCAGACGGGCGGCGAGGCGUCAGGCAGUGCCUCAACUUCAGUAGGCUCAGCUCGUGGGCAGCCAGCUCCUCGGAUCGAUAGUCCACAGGCUUCGUUUAAUUAGGACAUGUUUCGACUUGUUUGGAGAAUACGGAGUUCACACACCUACAACUCAUUGCAACUUAUAAACUUAUCCAAGAUUAGAUACCUAGUUUACACAAAUCUAUACUCGAAAUUCCACAAAAUAUAUCAAACUUUAAAACUUCGUCGUCGAUAUUUUAAAUACAAUCUACAAAAAAAAGGAAAAUCAUAUAUAUCAAAAAUUCGAACAUAAGGUAAAAAGAAAAAAAACUAAGAAAAAACUAUACGUUAUAGUUGAAAUUCCUUAAAAACGAUCAUAUCUUUCGUACAAACUUAAAAGUCUGAAACAGAGAAUGUACUUAAGCUUCAGCCUUAACACUUAAUUUUAAGUAAACUCUUCCAACUCCAUUUUUUCGUGGUGUUGCCAAGUGAUAGAACAACUUUUGUACUUUGCCACUUGUUAAUUUAUAUUGUUUGUAAAAGGAAUGGAACUGAAAAUGUUUCGUUAAAAUAAAAUUGCAUAAAAUUUCUAAAAUAUAAUAUAUUUUAUACUCGAGUUUAUCUAUACCUAGACGUUCCUUCGUGCGAACUAAGGAUUUAUAACUACUCUAUAUUUUUGUAAGUGUAAUGUGGCUAAUAAAACAAACAUUUAAAA